UUCUCUACUGUGGUGCGACACUUGGGUUUUGGCAAUAUGCGACACCUUAUAGUACUCAUCCUGCUUGGCAUUUCCUGCAACAAUGUCUUUGCGAGAACACUGAAACAAUUCGAAGGCCUCGACCUGGAACGAAGGUUACUUCGACUAGAAGCUCGUCAACUUUCCGAUAGCGAUAAUAUUGAGCGCAGGCUGCUGCGCUUGGAAAACCAGAUGGCACCUCAACAAGAUGCAGGAAUGUUUAAUGCAAUUGAGCUGGCACCAAAUGUUUACACAAUAUUCCCAUCAAGGACAGAAGGGGAACCUCCUGUAGAGCAAACCAAUUUUGUUGAAGAACUCAAAAAAGUUGAACAAAAAUUGGAGAAGGAUCUGGGAGGUCAGCUUGCUGAACUAUCUUCUAAGUAUGACAGCCUUUCAGAGAAGCUCUCCAACAUUGAGAAACAGGAAACAGCCCCACUUAAAGAUUUCCCGUAUGACAAAUUUAUGGCGCACACAAAGGCAAUUGUAAUUAAAAGUGAUCAAUCGGAGCCGAUAUUCUCAGCCUACGAAAAGAUUGGUGAAAAGAAUUAUUAUAUUGAAAAAAUAGAAAAACUCGAUUGGCCAAGUGCGGUUAGAAAAUGUAAGGAAUUGGAUGGCCAACUGGUUAGUCUUAAAAGUGAAAAGGAGUGGAGAGAAAUCAAAAAUCAUUUAGACUUGGAGAAAAGCUAUUGGACUGAUGUUAAUGACAUUAAAACUGAGGGAGAGUUUGUAUCUAAUUCUUCCAUUGACGUUGGCAUCGAUGAAGACUCAUUGAGUUUUUUCCGCAAGAAAAAACCUUUCCUUAAAUGGAAUUAUCAAGAACCAAAUAACCUAAACAGGGAAGACUGCGUGGAGUUGCGAGGAGGCUAUUAUCACAAAAUGAACGACAUAAACUGCUUCAACAAAAAUUACUUUAUAUGCGAGGAAGUAUCAGUUACAAGCCAACGAGAAAAUACUGACAUGUUCCGUUUCUAAAAAAAAAAUUCAAGUCUUUGAAGAUUAAAAUGUAAAUAAUAAACCAUUA